GUAUCACUGUGCUGCUUCGCUCUCCUCCCCUCCCAGUCCCAGGCAGCGGUGGUCACAUGACGGCGGCUGAUCCUCCCGAGGUCCCUUACCCCAGUCUGGCCGGCGCACAGCGGGAGUUAUGAGUACGAGCAGUGUAACCCGAGAGCCGAGCUCUCUGUUGUCCCCGCAGAAGCAAAGCGCCGAGUUGGGGAAAGGGGCCGCGAUGGGGACCCCCGGUGACCUCCCCCCAUCUGCAAUGAGUCCAGUGGAACUUCUGAAACGCUGCCAACAGCUGACAAAGUGGAAGUGUGAUCUCCAGAAAAGGAUUUAUGCAGCUGAAGUUUCUAUGGGAGAUUUAUCACCUGAAUUACUUACAGAGGAACAUAUGACACAAGUAGUUAAAAAUCUAGAAAAAGAGGUUGACAAGCUGAGAACUAUAUUCCGCAACAAAAGAUUGGUGCUAGACAGAUUACAUGUAUCUGAUGUAAUGUUUGACAAGAUAUUUGAGAAGAGCACAGAGGCACAGUUAAUCGGUAAGACGAUGGAACACAGUACAGACCUCAGCAUUCUUCUAAUACAGUCACAGGAGGAGAUAAGCAUUUUGGAGGAACAAUUGAUGGAAGUCAAGAAAAAGAGAAUGCAUCUUGCAGAGAGUUCUUCCACAAUGAUGGCACAAUUUAAAAAGGAGAAAGAAAAUCCGUUUAAGUACUUGGAAGAAUCCGAUAAUUCUAAAAUAAAAAAUAUAAGUAAACGCCUCUCGAAGGAAAGGGAUGUUACCACAGUGCUCCAAAAUGUUUUCCAGAGACUGAUUAUUGGCAGUUGUGCAAACUGGGCAGAAGAUCCAAAACUAAGAGAGGUGGUUCCCAAAUUGGGAAAAAGUGCAGACCAAUUUGUCUAAUUCGACUGUUUUCUGCAUACAUUUUACCUAAAUGCUUUUGUUGGUUUAACAGGUUUAUAUGUACAUUUCUUAAAUGAAGGUUCUACUUUUAUAUAGCAUAGUAUAAAAUGUAGUCUAAGAGAUCGCUGAAAUGUUGCUUAAGAGAUCGCUGAAAUGUUGCUUUAGUCGUUAUAACUUUAUUUCGGCGUAUUCAUAGCUGAUAUUACAUCUGCAUCAGCAGUAUAGGAAUCCCUUUGAAGAUUAUGCGGCUACAGUUUUACUUACAAUUAAGAUCCCGCAACUAGCUCCGUUAUGUUGUAGACCACCUGUUUGAGAAAAUACAUUCCCUAUCAGGCACAGUGGGCAGAGGCUGGCCUGCAUGUUUAGUAAGCAGUGGACAGGCAGAAGUCAUGUGGCACAGGAAAUAUGAUGCUUUAAAAAUUGUGAGCUUUACAUUUAAUGCCAUUACGGCCUCCUGGUGCUUUGACCAUCAAGAUGGAUGGAGAUCCGAGACCCUACGUGGGUUUCAGCACUUCCUUCACUUCUCAUGUGGGUGCCAGGGUCCUAAAGCAUCCAGGGAAGAAGCGGUAACGGACCAUUGAAGGUCACUAAAGACAUAUCUACUUGCUCUAAAUGCUGUUUGGGCAUUGUACGCCCCGAGAAGUGUAAACUUGGUGAAGUGAUAAAGCACCAGCCAGUCAGCUCCUAACUGUCAUUUUUUAAACCCAGCCUGUGACAUGGUAGUCAGGAUCUGAUUGGCUGGUACUUUAUCACCUUCUACUUUAUCACUUCACUGAGCUUAAUAACUCUGCCCCUGAGCAACAGAUGAGAUGAUGCCGCUCAAGAGAGCAUCAUUGGGGCCCACUGCGAAUAUAAAUGUUCUCUUGGAGCAUGUUAAAAUCUGGAUUUGUUAGUGAUGGACAAAUACUUCUUGUUGCGUCUUGCUAUUUUCCAAACUCUGUAUAAUGCCAGGCUUGUGUAUUAUCCAGUAACGUUUGCUGCACAAAGGUUCAAUAAAAUGCAUUCCAUUCACGGUG